CCCUGGCCAGGCCCUGCCCACACUUGUUCCUCUCGGAACAAACACCCUAGUUUCUACUGGGAAAGCAGCAGGGGCCUGACCACCGCCUGGUUUUAAUCAGGAGCUGGUAUUUCCCCGAAAUCGCGGGCCGGUGGCUGACCUCACGGGGAUGACGGGUGGCCCUGAGCCAGGGGGCGGGAGCCGGCUCCCGAGUGAGCCCCUGACGCCUGGCCUUGCGGAGAAGUCGGCAGAGAGGAGGGGCUUUGGUUUCUAGUUCCAGCUCAGCUGCUGGCUCAUCCAAAAAUCUGUCCAUCUGUCUAUCUGCUCUGUUGUGUGUCCUGGGCCCCGUCUCAGCCCCGCCCUGGGCUCCCUUUACCCCCGCCUCGUGUGAUUCGGGCAAACCGUUCAACCUCUCGCUUCUCACUUCCUCCACCGGGGGAUGGGGCUGCUGUGGGAUUAGAGGGGGGACCAGCAAGGGAGAGCAGGCGGACCCCAGGAACAGUGAUUUCCAGAGGGCAGGAAGAGGGGACUCUCUCAGCUGAGAGGCCAGGCAUCAGGCCUGGGCUUCCUGGGGCAGGCUUGGGAGGUGGGAGAUGAAGCAGGCAGGUAGCCGGGCGGUGGACGUGUCCAGAGGCUGGAAGAUUUCGCCGGUCUGCUCUGGGACCUGCACUUUACAGAUGCAGAGGCCCCUCUGGAAAGAAACACUAGCAGGGAAUGAAUACUUUUUUGAGCACCGCCUGUGCCAGGCAAUUCUCUAAGCACUUAGAGAUAUGUUCCAGGUGCUGGGAAUACGGCAGUGACAAGACAGACAAAAACCCUGCCCACAUAAAGUUUGCAUACGGAAGGGCGAGACAGCCAAUACACAUGGCGAGGGGAGCGGGCAUGCUGUUGGAAACUUCUUGAGAAGAAUGAGGAGGCCUCGUCUCCUGCGGUCAUGGCAAAACCUUUCCUGAUCUCACUGGCUGGUACUGGGUCACCCGCUAUUCCUGACUGAACAGUUAUUACUUUGGAUGGGAUAAUGGUGAAUAUCUCUACAGUUGGGCAAUGGAGUGGUUUCACCUCUCAGAGACCUGUGGGCACCCAAUGGAGACAGUGUGUGGCCGAGUGCUCAUAAAGAUCGUGGGAGGAGAGGACGUGAAAGACGGAGAGUGGCCCUGGCAGGUGAGCUUGAGGGUCAGUGGCAGACAUGUCUGCGGAGGCUCCCUCAUCACGCAGCAGUGGGUGCUGACCGCUGCCCACUGCAUUUUAAGCCGCUUCCACUACAGUGUCAAGAUGGGAGAUCGGAAUGUCUAUGAGGAAGUCACGAGCGUGGUGGUUCCUGUCCAAAAAAUCAUCAUCCACCCUAUGUUCUCAUCAUUUGGAGUCACUCGACAUGACCUCGCCCUUCUCUGGCUUCUCUACCCUGUAAAUUUCACGGUGACCAUCCAGCCUAUCUGCAUCCCUGAGGAAACCUUCAAGGUGCAAGCUGAGACCAGGUGCUGGGUGACCGGAUGGGGCAGAAAAGAAGAAUUUGGUGAACUUAUUUCGUAUAUUCUCCAGAAGGUGGACCAGAAUGUUAUCUUCUAUGAAAAAUGUAAUGAGAUUCUCCAGAAGACCCUGUUAGCAAAAAAUAAGGUGGUGCUGGAAGGGAUGAUCUGUGGCUAUAAAGGGAGAGGAAAAGAUUCUUGUCAGGGAGAUUCUGGGGGCCCCAUGGUCUGUGAGUUUAAUGAUACAUGGGUCCAGAUGGGGAUUGUGAGCUGGGGCGUCGGCUGCGGCCAUAACAACAUUCCUGGAGUUUAUACGGAUGUUGCCUUCUAUAGUAAGUGGAUAGUCGCAGUGGUGAACCAGGCCACCUCCCUGUAUCCAGCGGUGUUCCUCCUCCUGCCCCCGUGUCUGGGGCUGUCCCUGAGCAUCCUGGUGGCUCCCUGACCGCCGCGGCCCUCUCCCCUCCUGUUUCUGAGCCUUGCGCUGGGCCUCUCCUCCCACCUCCCACCCCUUCUCACUGCCCUGCCCUCACGUUCCGGUGGGGGCUCGCUGACCCUGUGGAGACCACACGCUAGAG